AUGACACCAUUUCAGAUAUUUAUAGCAGCCAGAAGAUCAAAUGAUAAGAAGAUUUUACAUCUAAGAGAAGACACAGCAUCUGUUCUGAUUGGAAUUCCUCUUUCAGCAAUCAUAAGGCUUAUUGUGAAAUGUGCAUUAAUAGACUAUUCUGCUGCUGGUGCUCUUCUGAUUAUUCUAUACAUAGCAUACAUAAUAUUUCUGCGCGCAUCCAAUGUUAUAGCCGAAUACGAUACAGACAGUGCAUGCAGAAUAGCUAUAUACUUCAUUCUGUCCAAGUGGUCAAUACUAGGUAUGAUAACACUCUACACUUACUCUCCAUACAGCCUGGUGUUUAUUCUGAACAUGAUAAUUCCGGAUGAAUUAUAUGUCUACACAAUGAUGCUUUUGCUUAUGGGAUAUUCCUCUCUAUUUGCCAUAAGCAUAGAUUCGCACAUAAACACAAUUGGACUCUAUCCUGCAGUGAUUCUUGCCUUGUCUCUGGCGCACUUCAUUCUUCUAUUUCAGGAAGAACCGUUUAAAAAAACAAAAAGACUUUUUAUUUUAGGUAUUAACUCUGUAAAUAUUUUAUUUUUUGGAUACCUUGUCUUCUACUGGAGUUUCUUCAUUUGCUCUUAUGAAUAUAAAAGAAAAUUAGCAUUCUUUGCAUAGAAAUAAGAAUACUUCCAAGGCAGCGCAGAGAAUAAAUAAAAUUGUAGUAGACCACAUUAUGCUUUUUAUUCGGUUAAUUGGAUAAGGUCUGCUUCUCCAUCAUCCAGAAUAGAAAUAACUCCCAUUCUAAAGUGAGCUCCGCACAAGUUUGCUAAGUCUCUGUUAGAUCCAUCAAACAUGUAUACUGGUACAUUUCCUCCAAGUUUGGCGUAGUACUCUACCUGCAUUUUCUUUACCUCUGGGUAGUUCUUGGUAAGAAUAAUGUACUUGCUUGUUUCAUUUAUCAGUGAACUCAUGGUCUGUCUGAACCCUACGUGGUAUUUUCCUGUUUUAAUAACUAAUGGAAGCUGUGAGGCAACACUUAAAACAUUCGUCUUUGCUUUUCUACUCAUUUUGUUCUGGGGGUAAAAAAGUAAAACUAAAUAUAUCCAAAAUGCAACGGAUUAUAAAAAUAAAAUUGUAGAAACUCAGAAUACACAGAAAAACGUAUUUACAAAGAGCUUUCCUGUUAUACUUAGAAUUCUUCUAUAGUACAGCAGUAAUUUAAAUAGAAUAAUCUUAUUUAAAAGAGAAUUUGUGUUGCACUCUAUAAUUAUAGCAUAAUUUAUACUAGAAUAGUAAAAGCAUAAAAACUAACCAAAC